ACCACGAAGAACGCCUUCGGCUUGCACCUGAUCGACUACAUGACCGAGAUCCUGAAGCAGAAGGACUCCGAGCUGACCAACUUCAAGAUGGCAGCUGGCACGCUUGAUGCCAGCGCGAAGAUUUACGCCGUGCGCGUCGAUGCGGUCCAUGCAGAUACCUACAAAGUUCUGGGAGGCUUGGGCAGGGACUCGGCCCCUACGAAAAACGUGGACAGCCCAGAAGGAGAAGACAGUCCAGCUCCCGAGGCUGUCAAGAGAGUUCAGACAAAGAAAAAGCACUCCUUCAAAACCAUCGAGCAGAACUUGAACAACAUCAACGUGUCGGAGGCUAAUCGCAGAUGUGAGGUUGAUCCCAUGUUCCAGAGAACAGCCGCGUCUUUUGACGAAUGCAGCACUGCUGGCAUUUUCCUCCGCAGGCUGCGUACCCAAAACUGCCACAGUGAGCUCCUCUUUGACUCAAAGAUCGUGCCUCUCCCUUCUUCAGAGACGCUCGCGCUGCCGAACUCUGAUCCUGUGAAGGUGGUGGAUUUAAAGCCCCUGUUAGCGCAGUGCAUUGAAAAACGCCCCAUCUGCUCUUCGCUGGCUGGUUUCCAGUUUACAAAGUGGGAUGCUGAAUCCCAUGAUGAGUCAGUGUCAGCCCUGUUGGAUAAAUUUAAGAAGAGCGAUCAAGUGUUCGAUAUCAACGCAGAGGUAGACAGCGAUGUGGAAGACUGUGUUCCUGCCCUGCCAGAUGACAACUUCAGUUCUGACUCCCUCAGGAGUACAGUAGCAGACAAGAUUGGGGAAUUCACAGAAAAACUCAGCUCCUUUGGAACAGCCCGCCAGAGCAAGAGAUUUGAUGCGGCUCCUUUUGGAGAGGGCGACAUCGGGACCAUGUGCCUUCACCUCUCCAUGAAACCAGGGGAAUACUCCUACUUCAGUCCCCGAACGCUGUCGAUGUGGGCUGGCCCGGAGCACUGGCGUUUCAAACCUCCACACAAAUCAGAUGCUGACUCUGAAAAAGAGACCAGGAAAAGGUGUGCCAAGAAAGCAUUCGAAAUUAACUUUGAUGAGGAUAUUGACUUUAAAGCACAUUUCCGUAAGACCAAGGCAUCUGUUACUCUAGCCAAAUCCAUUCUGGAAAGCCAGAAUGUGAAGAGAACCACGCUUCCCACCGACUUCAACUAUGACCCUGACAACAUUCUCCAGCUCUUCCUCAAACCAGCUGUUAAGCUCUGCAGGAUGGCCGAGCGGGACAGCGCGUUGGAUCACGAGGACGAGAUCGGCGAGUACGAUUACAACAACCCCAACGACACCUCCAAUUUCUGCCCCGCGUUGCAGGCUGGAGACAGCGAUGACGACAACGAGCCCAUUCAAUUCAUGAGCCAGAUGGGGGAGUUCAACCUUACUGCCCAUCCUGAGGGUGAAGACGCUGAGCUGAACAGGGUUGUCGGCGAUGUUGAUGUCACAACGUACGGAGAGCUGAACCUCAUUGCUGAGCCCCAGAAGGUCAAUAAGAUAGCAAUUCAGUACGCAAAGACAGCCAAGAAAAUGGACAUGAAGAGGUUGAAGAACAACAUGUGGGACCUCUUGACUGAUGGACAGAGGAAACAAAUAGUGACAGAGAUGGAAGAUGCAGAGAGAGAGAAGGACACGUCAGUGGUAGCAGGAGAGAAAGUCUUCAGCAGCAUCACAAAGGAACUGCUUCACAGGCUGCCUUCCGCGAUGGCUAACAACCUGUCCAUCCCCUUGGCCUUCGCCUGCCUCUUGCAUUUGGCAAACGAGAAGAAUCUGAAGCUGGAGGGCACAGAGGACCUUUCUGAUGUCCUGGUGAAACAAGGCAACUGA